AUGUAUCGCGCAAAGCAACAGAACGUUGGAAAUCUCAGCCAGGUCACCCUGCUGCUUAUCACCCUGGUUUGCCCGAUUUAUGGAGUUCUCCUGUAUCCCGCUUCAACGACACUCCAGAUUACCUCAUCCAUCUCCAUUCCCGCCGACCUGAACACCCGUACGAAAGUUUUUGUUGACAUGGGCUUCCAGAUGAACUAUAACCUACCUGCGACGGUUUCCGCCUUCUACAAUUCCACUAUCUGGGCGGAUGAACUGGCCCGCAGGCAAAAGCGUCAGUUGGACAACAGACUGGAUGCAAAUCUUCAGCAGGAGAAUCUGGGGGACUUGAUGCAUCCGAGUGACUUAACGGCCGGGCAACUGUACAAGGGUCUGGAGCGCAUGCUGGAGACCUACGGCUUCCAUAGAUCCUGCCUGAUGCGAAGUGUCUGCGAGCUGGCCCUCCAUCCCUUUGCAGAAGACCAUUUCUACGGAAUGGUCACCCAGGUCAUCACCUUCCUGCUCACACCCUCCCAACACGAAGGCUUCGCUGAGAAUGAGCAGCAUUAUCGAGACAAAUACGAGAGAGCCGAACAGAUUGGCUUCCUUGGGGGUCAAUGCCAUCGCUCAUAUCCCAGCUGUAAAAUAGAUAUAAUAAACCUAGCCACUCGACUGGUCAGAUGA